AUGUUGGUGGUUGUGAUGGGCGUGAGCGGCUCGGGGAAGACCACGGUUGGGGCGCGGCUGGCAGCGAAGCUGGGAUGGAAAUUCUAUGAUGCUGACGAUUAUCAUACACCAGAGAACAAAAAGAAGAUGGCAGAAGGAAUACCACUAGAUGAUGAGGACAGAAUUCCCUGGCUUUGUGCAUUGCAUGAUAUACUAAGGAGAGAAAACUUAUCUGGACAACAUGCAGUUCUGGCCUGUUCUGCACUGAAGAAGAUGUAUAGACGUAUAUUAGUUUGUGGAGCAAUUGAAAGCAAUCAGCCAGAGCAACCAGGAGAAAACACAGCACUGAAGAUCCUCUUUGUACACUUGGAUGGGCCUAUAGACAUCAUUGCUGGCCGCCUGGAAAAAAGGAGAGGACAUUUUAUGCCACCUGAACUUCUCAGGUCGCAGUUCGAUACACUGGAGCCUCCUAGUGCACCAGAAAACUUUAUUACUGUCAGUGUAGAAAAAUCUCUCCCUGAAAUAGUGCUGGAGACUGAAAGAGCCAUUUUUCAGCAUGAAGCUUCUCUGGAGUGA